CUUUCGUUCUUUAGUUUGAUUGAACUUUGCUGUAAUGGAAUGCCAUUUUGUGUUGAUAUACAUAUAAUUGAUAUCUAUUCUUCCACUGAUGCAGAUGAGACAGCUAAGUAUGAUAUCAUGGUGAAAGGAGUUCAGAUAUCUCCCAGCCCCAUAGUUAGGGGUCGCCCAAUAAAUAUGACCUUCAAUCUAAUUAUAGGUAAGCCAAUCAUUGCAGGAAAAAUGGUCGUUGACAUUGCAUAUUUUGGGUGGCACAUGUAUAGGGACAGCCACGACAUUUGUGUUGAGACGUCCUGCCCUUACUCGUUUGGUGAUUUUGCACUCGCUCCAUUGCAAACGCCUCUGGCAUUCUUUUUACCAGGUUCAUAUCAUAUGCAGAUAACCGUUGUUGAUGGAGAUGAUAACAAACUUGCAUGCUUUGGCUUUGAUUAUGAAUUGGUGAUUGCAUCACUAUUUGGAGAUAGCUAAGAGCUUUUAUUUACUGAUUAUUCAGCAACUGGUCUUUGUAUAUAUGAACCCUUCUAGAGCUUUGGCACUUUUAGAUCUUUGUUUGUUCCACGGGCAGACAACUUUGUACUGACCAUUUGAAGAACUUAUUCACGAGAAUGAGCAGUGAAAAUCACACAGAUUACUUUGUUCUUUGUAGAUAUAAAGUGGAAAGAGAAACAAUGGAGUACCUCGCUCCGCACCACAUUAAAUUAAAAUAAGUUUUACUACUUGA